AUGAAAAAAAUAAAAAGUUUCUAUCCUUUUGGCAAAAAAAGCAAUUAUAAUAUGCAGACAAAAGAAAUUGAUGUAGAUGAAAUAAAAAAAAUGCAAAAUGAAAAAGAAAAAAAUAUAUAUAGUACAAACAAAAAUGAGUAUGCAUUAUUACCUCGUCGAAAUAUGACCAAUUCCACUAAUCUUGUAGGUAUAAAUAAAAUAAACAAUUAUAAUCAAAUGCUCGAAUUUUACAAAAGACGCAAUGAUGAUAAUGAAAAUAUUGAAAACAAUAGAACCGGUUUAAAUAGCAAAAUGGAUAGAACCCGUUUGGGUAGGAAGGUAGAUAAAAAUAGUUCAGACAAUCGGAUUAACAUAAAUAAUUGGAGUUUCGUGAAUAAUAAAAAUGAAAAAAAUGAAAUAUAUAAUAUGAAUAAUGAUUUGACAAAUUUUAAAUUAAAAAAGGAGAAUAAAUAUAUUGAAAAUAAAACGGUGAAAGAACAUAAAUUAAUAAAAGGUAAACAAUAUAUUUAUAAAAAAUUAAUUGUUUUUGAUUAUGAUGAUACAAUAUUACCAACAAGUUGGAUAACAGCAAAGAUGAGAUUAAGUUUAUUUGAUAUGAUUCCAAGAUCGGUUCGCCAAUUAUUUCAUAAAUUAAGUAUUGUCGUUAUAAAUACAUUAAGAUUAUGUUUAACACAAGGAAAGUUAGUUAUAGUAACAAAUGCCAGUUUGGAAUGGCUAAUAAAUUCUGCUAAACAUUUUAUUCCGUUAGUUUGGUCGUUUAUUGCUCAUAAUAAUAUUAGAAUAGUAUCUGCUCGAGAUACAUUAUUUAAUACAUUUGUAGAUCCAAAAGAUUGGAAGAAAGUUAUAUUUCAUCAAAUAAUUAAUGAAUUGUUAUCACCAUAUUUAUAUAAUACCUCGUUUAUAUGUUUUAUUUAUUCAGUAGGAGAUGGAAAUGAUGAAAGAAAUGCUUGUUUUUUUAUAUCCCAAUUAAAUCAAUAUUCUUCUUGUGUAUUUAAAUCAUUAAAAUUUUUACCUGAGCCAACAUGCCAAAAAUUAAUAGCAGAACAUGAACUUUUUUCGUAUUUUAUUAAUACCCCCAAUAAUUCAUCUAAUAUGUUGAAUUGCAAUUCUCCUGAACGCCCAGUAUUUCCAAUUAAUUUCAAGGAUCGAAAUGCAAUAAAAAAUUUAUAA